AUGGCUGAACCACUCACGUCCAACGUCAGACCAGCCACCGAUGCUGUUCUCACCGUCAGAAUCAUCAAGUCAUUCCCUUACAGAAACGUGAAGAACCACAUUAUCCGUUCCAUCGAUCUUAAGGCAACCACUCCAUCUCAGCUCUUGGAUCAGGUGAAGGAGAUUAUCAAUUCUACUGGCGCCAUGAGGCCUUACAGAAACGUUGAGUAUGAUACUGUGAAGGUGUACACGCAUGCACACGGCACAAAGUCCAUGAACUUGGUGAUUAACUUUGGCAAUGACGAGUCUGAUAUACUAGUGUGUAAGAAUGCAGAGCAUGCUGUGGAGAAGCAACAGCUGCUUUGGGAUUUGGGCGUGGAGAACGAGACGGAGUUGAGUAUUUUUAACUAUGCUGCUUAUGCUGAGUUUAAGGAGAAUCCGGAGGAGAAGUGGUUGUGA